UAGCAAACCCUUAUUGGCUUUUCCAUCGUCUAUCAUUUCCAUAUCAACAGAUCCCAGAUCCAAAUAAGAAGAAGCAGAAGGAUAAGGAGAAGAAGCAUACCACGAUCGAGUAAAGUAAUCAUGGGGUUGUGCAUUCGAUUCCUCGAGAUCUUGUGCGCUAUCAUUCUUCCUCCUCUGGGCGUCUUCUUCCGCUAUGGCUGUUGCAAAAUGGAGUUUUGGCUGUGUGUGGUGUUGACGAUACUGGGCUACAUCCCUGGAAUCAUCUAUGCUAUCUAUGUGAUCGUUACUAACCCUGAGGGCCAUCACCACCAUGACGACAACGACGAAUAUCGCCCGGUGUAGGGGGAUCAAUCAUCGAUGGGCAGCUGUGUAGGUUUGCGAGAUUCAAUCGAUGCGUUGGAGUUGACAAUAAAGAGCUUCAGAUCUGUCAUGUAAUUUGUGGAAGUGGUUUGUGUGUUGAUGGUUUGAGUGCGGAGUUUGGGAAUUUCAAGGGGUUUCUUGCAAUUGUUACUCUUAUUUAAUGAAGUUUUGAGGAAGCAAA